GUUUCGCGCUGGAAUCUCUGAUUUGACGGUUCAUCCUUGUGAAUGUGAUCUGGGUUUUGUUACACUUCCUCAACACAAAUUAUAUCGAAUUUGAAACUUGCCUUGGAGUUUUUUUUUUGAGACAUGGAUCUAACAAUGGGUAGCGAAGGGCCUAGAGACCCAUUCAAAGGAGUUGAUUGGAAGGCUGUUGGAACAGAGCUGCAAAAGGACCCAAGCGCCGGUGCAAAACCCAUCGUGAAAAAACGGCUUCCAAAGAAGAUUAGGCAAAUUCCCGACUAUUAUUUCCUCCCACGAAGGUCUUGGCCUUCUGCCAUUGCUUUCUAUGGAUCCUGCAUCCUCGGCGGCAUCGGUGCUGGAAUGCUUGUUGAGGUUUGGAUCAACAAGAAAGUCAAGGAGGAUGGAGGAGUCAUAUGGGAGUUUGACAAGUGAAGUUAUCUUUUACAUUAGCUUUGAACUCAAUGUGACAGAAGAGUAGGAGAUUUUGUCUCCUAGUGGACGCAGUGUAAUGUCAUCUGAACUAUGGAUAAUAGCCAUUACGGUUUGAGAGCAUGUAAAAUUUAAGCUAA